AUGUCAAGCACUGCACCAACUGGAGAUGUGUCUAAAGUCACCCAGCCGAAGAGCGUCACCAUUGCCGAGCUCACGGCACGCGUCAGCCAGCUCGAGGACACACUGCGCAAGCACGGGCUGGAGAAUGAGAUUGGAGACUGUGCCAGUGCCGACGAUGACGAGCAAGUGACGCGGCGGCCGAGCUUUGUCUUCUCUUCUGGUCCCAGCUCGUCAAUCACCGACCCCACAACCACAGGUACCUCUGGCAGUGGUGGCAACUCGGUCGUGUUGACAGAGUCGGGGAUGGACAUGGCCGCCAUGCUCGGUCGCCUGGCUCUGGGACAUGAGCAGACGAAGCGGUACGCCGGUAUGGGUACGACGGCCUUCUACCUGAGCUCGCCGUCUGCGAGCGAGGACGAGGAAGGGAGCGACAAUGAAGGCGGAGAGCACCUGGGGAGGAGCCGGCGGGUGGAUGCCGAGCUCUGGCGGCCACCGUGGGGUCGUACCCGCGGCGUGAGCUUGACUGGCAGAGGUCAUCUGCCAGGAGUGUUGCUCGACAGGUGUCGCGCCAUGCUCUGCAGUCGGAGAGCGGCCAAGGAGAUGUUUGACAAGUUCUUCGAGAUGACCUCGUGGAGGAUUCAGCCCAUGACGCCAGCCUUCUUUGAUACUGUCCUCGCAAGCGUGUACGACUCGCCAGAGGGUGCACACCCCCACGACCUGGCUGUCCUGUUUGCUGUACAGGCCAUGACGAUGUUGUUCGACCCCACCGCGGCUGGUGCGGCGCCAGAGUUCCACGCCGUCGACUACCACCAGACAGCGUACAGCUGUCUCGUGGCUGGCAACUUUUACACCGAGACAACACUGAGCAGUCUGGUCUGCCUGCACCUCUUGGGCAGCUUCAUUAUCAAUUCCGACGACAAGCGCCUGAUUGACGGUAUCUUUACGAUUGUGGGGUUGGGCGUCAAGCUCGCUGUCAUUGCGGGCUAUCACCGUGACGCAGCACCUGCCCAUCUCACGACGGAGCAGAUUGACUGGCGAAGGAGAAUCUGGCAUGAGUUGCUGGCUCUUGAACGCGUUCAUUGCCUCACUGCCCUCAUCCCGGGCUCCAUCGACGUCCGCCACUACGAUACCCCGUACCCUACCGACGCACACCGAGACGGUUAUUUCGUUCACAAAUGGAACUUGGGCCUUCACAUGUCCCGGGUGUUUGGCUUCUGGUGUACUGUUGGCCAGACGGAGUACUCUGGUGUCAAGGACAUUGACGCCGGUCUCCGUCGCUUCCUACACGACCUCCCGCCUCAUCUCCGUUGCGCACAUUUUCCUGUCGAGGCCUUCCCGCUCACGCGACCGGGGGCACCGACUGUGGUCGUCUCACCGGCACCUGUGCCAUCGCCAAGCCUCGCGACCAGCUCCGAUUAUCCCAGCACCGUCUCACCCGAGCGUCUCACACAUCAGCAGUACCGCAUGGCGACGCACAUCUGCAUGGUCUUCUUCUACCUCCACCGCCCGUGCUUUAUGCGUGCUAUCUUGACCGGAAGCCAGAGCGGCGAGCUGAGUCUCGCCACAGUCAUUGAGGUGUGCGAACGAAUGCUUGACCUCGUGCGGGGUAUUCUGAGCCAAGACCAGAGCAUGACUCGUUGGUUUUCUUUCGCAGCAGACCUCUUCUCGGUCCUUCUGUGCCAAGCGGUCCUGGUGGGCAGAACCUCGGACCCGGCCUUGGCACAGAACCGCAUGUCGAUCCUUGACCAAGGCCUUGCGGUUCUGGAAUGGACAGCGCUUGCAAGGCCCAACUCGAAGAACCGUGCGCUCGUGCAGCGUACGCGUAGGCUGGUAACCAAGGCGCGCGAGUCGCUGGCCCGGUUCCCACUCACCGGUGGCCUGCCUCUUCCCGGCUCUGCACCAGUGACCUCUACACUCAACUUCCUCCCGGCCGUGGAGCCGAGUGUGGUGAUGGCGCCGAUGACCGUGGCCCCAAUGCCCAUCCCCACGCCCUCAGCCUCGGAGGUGCCACAAGGCAUUACCAUACCCCCGGUCCUCUCCACACCCUCGGACGCCAGCGGUAGCAUGCCUCAGUUUGCAAGCUUUGACCUCAACGACGCACUUGGCUACCCGCUGCCGCCAGUCCCUAGCGCAAACGAUGUGCAGUUCGAGGCAUGGCUCGCUGUCCUCUUUGAUCAACCCGAUGGCGGCGGCGUGGAGGCCACGGCCACGGACGUCAACAUGGACCCGAACGAUGCUCAUGCCAACCAGGCGCCUGCGGACGCGGCCUGCGAAGCCCUCUUCUUGCAAGACCCAGACACAUGGGCUGUUCAGUGGGGGGCGGCGGGGUCUACAUGA